AUUAUAUAUAGCAUCUAUAGUUGGGAGCACGACCGAGUGACGUAUGAAUAAUCUUUGUUUUUAUGAUUUUGGGAAAGUGAACCGUGAUUCCAAAAGUGAUUAGUUCCAUUAAUGAGAAUCCUGAUAAGCCGACAAUGAGUGAGUGCGCGAAUCGAAUCGAAAGGAUUGUACUGGAGCUUCUGGGGGGGCUCGUGAACGGCGAUGCCUCCUUGAGGAUACCCCGCUCAACCCCCACCAUCACGGACUACCGACGAGUGUCGUACAACAAUCGCCGUAGCAGACACACCUUCUGCCUGGUGGUGUACCUCCUAGCCCGGACCCACAACCUGCAGGUGCACGGCGGCAGCUACACCGUCCGGGGCCUGUACUACGGCGAUCCGGAGCUGGUGCGGUCGCAGAACCGGAUGGCCAGAGCCCGGCUGGACGUCUGCCGGAUGCUGAGCACCUCGCCCAUGCACCUAGGCGUUCUGGCCGCCUCCAAGGGCCUCGUGGCAGGCGACAUCCAGUUCCAGAUGACCGACGGCGGUGUCUUGGACUGCAACGUGUACGGCGGAGCUGUGGCCCUGCCCACCAAUCCCGAGAACGUGGAGCGCAUGGUGACGCAGGCGGACCUGGUUCUCGUUGUGGAGAAGGAGUCGGUGUUCCAGAGCCUCCUGUCCAGGAACAUAUUCUCCACCUUCGGUGGCCGCUUUAUUCUGAUAACUGGCAAGGGAUACCCGGACUGCUGCACCCGGAGAAUUCUGCAUCGUCUGACGGAGGAGAACCACCUGCCGGCCUACAUUCUGGUCGAUGCGGAUCCCUUUGGCAUCGAGAUAAUGCUGGUCUACCGCCACGGAUCGCAGGCGAUGAGCUUUUCCAGCCAGGGCUAUACCACCCCAGCACUGCGUUGGAUGGGCCUGCACCCCUCGGAGAUUCCGGCAUUGGGUAGAGGUGCCGUUGCCCUAGGCACCGGCGACAACAAAAAAAUCAAUGACCUCCUCGCUCGCACCAGCUUGGAGGCGGGAGUGCGCCAGGAACUGCGCAUGCUGCAGGAGGUUCAGCUGAAGGCCGAAAUCGAGAGUGUCAUAGGCUUCCUCUCGGAGGACUAUAUACCGAACAAAAUCAAAAGGAAUUUGUUUCUAUAAGAGAUAUAGACUCUA